AUGUCAUCCAGUACCAGUCAUGAUACCCCUUUUCCCCUCGUCAAGGCCGAUCAAAUCGCUCAAUCACUCGUACCCCACUCUCACUUUCUCUACCCCAAAGCCAACAUCAACAUCGCUCGAAUGUCCGAUAUGGUGGGUAUGUCAGGUUUAGGUGUCAAUUUUGUCAAACUUGACCCUGAAGCAGAAUCCACCUGCAUUCAUUAUCAUUUGAUCGACUCUGAAUGGAUAUACGUUUUAGCUGGAUCAGGUGUUUUACAACUUGUAGAUGCUGGUAUCACCGCGUUGCAUGAUGAGUCACAUCCUUUGUAUCCAAAGUCGAAAACAAGUACGGCGCCAAUUUCCGAUAUGGGUAAGUCUACCUUCUCUUUAUCUCCCCUCAUGAUCUCUACUGGAGAUUUCAUGGGAUUCUCAGGUGGAGUAGGAGCUCAAAAACAUGCUCAUGGUCUUAAAGCUGGAAAAGAUGGUAUGACUUAUUUGGUAGGAGGUACUAGAUCUGGGAAAGAUGUAUGUUAUUACCCAUUGUAA